GUCAGAAUCUUAGAUCCAGUGCGCUGUGCAGUUACACUUCAUGCUGCUGCUGGCUUUUAAAGCUCAAGCGCUUUCAAUUUGGCUUCUUUUGCAUAAAUUGAAAUGUAUUAAAAUUGUGGUUUUCUUUUUCCAUACCUAGGGCGUUAGUAGAACAAAAAUGUGUGGGAUUUAUUACUCCAAACACUUGCAUUUUUGCAUCGAUAAAAUUGUCUCAUCCACAUUGCACAUCAUUUAAAAUCUGAAGUCAUCAGCUGCAGUCUGUUGUUGCUGUGAUCUCUGCUGAGGUCACCUCUCUGAGCCGGCGCACCAUGGAGCAGGCUGACGGCGCCCCCGCCCCCGCGGCCGCUCCGGCGGCGCCCGUCUGGCCGUGUGCGCCGCGCCGGGGUCCUCCGAGGCCGCAGGGCGCACCGGCCGCCGGUGCCGGCCGCGGCUCCGGCGCCGGCUACGUGAUGCCGGCCAGCGAUGUGCGGCUGGACGACCCCGGCUCUGCUCCCGACUUCAGCGAACAGUGGUCGGCCGACCUGGCCGCCGCCAUGCAGAAGGCGAACGAGAACCGCGCCGCCGCCGCGGCAGCAGGCGGCGGAUCUGAAACCAAACCAAAGGGCAAGAAGGGCCGAAAGGGCAAGUCUAUUCUUAUCUCUGGCGGCCUGAGCUUCUGAAGCAGAGGUCGCCACCUGUACGGCUGUGGCCGGCUGACUGGUGACGCCAGCUCGCGGCCAGUUCCCGCCGCCCCCGCCGCUAAUGUUGCUGCUGUGAUACGCCAAAGCUGAACUUGGCCUCGCUGUACGAUCUGAUGUACGGCGCUAGAAUUCUCAGUACAACGUGAUGCUUGGUAUGACUAUAUUGAUGAUCUUUUUUGCACAAUAUACGACCAUCAAACUUGA